UGGUACAUCUUGAACAAUUCAAAAAUAAUGAAUGAAUAGAAGAAACAUUGAACAUAGCGAGUAGUUUGGUUCAUUGUAUGUAUCUCUCAGCUGCAGUUUUCUUGAUUUGUUAAAGAAGAGAGAGAGAGGGAGAGGGCCCCACCUAUUGACAACAAAAGAUAUGCGUGAGAUAUUACACCACACCCACACACUUUAGUGUUUUUCAUGUACAUUAAUAUAUGCAUUUGCAUUUUCCCCAGUUUGUAGUAUCCAUCCACCAAUCUCUUAUCUCCUUCUCUCUUGCCCCUUUUUGCCCUAUCAAUAGGGUUUCUUCGCCUUCUCUUUCCCCUUUGAUCUUUUUUUCCCUCUGAUGCAUUCAUUGUUGAUUGGGGCUCUGUUGAUAUCGUUUUUCUUGAUUGAUCUCAUCGUUUUUGGGCUUCAAUUCGACUUCCUUGUGGCUUUCACAACUUUCCCAUGUCUAAAGUCUUUGAUUUCAGUGGUGAUAAUGAGUUCUUUAUGUUCCAAAAUCCCAAGGGAUCGAUCCCCUUUGUGUCUCUUGGGAGUCAUGUGGAUGUGUAUUUUCCUCCACGCAAGAGAUCUCGAAUCAGUGCUCCCUUUGUUGUUACUGAAGAUCCGAAGGAGCUGCCUUCGAUUGAAGUGCUCCCUGAUGAGUGCCUGUUUGAGAUAUUCAGACGCCUUGGUGGAGGCGAAGAGAGGAGCGCCUGCGCCUCUGUAUCCAAGCGCUGGCUCAUGCUUUUGAGCAGCAUCUCCGCGGAUGAGAUAUGUGGCUCUAUUGCUCAGACCGUGGAAUCUGAGGUCGUAUCUGAUUGUAAGAAGGCUGAUGAGCAGCCUGCUAAGCCUAAAGAGAAGGUUGAAAUCAAGUCUGAUGAUGAGGAAUGUGUAGAUGUCGACCCUCAGGGUUAUCUGUCGAGAUGCUUGGAAGGAAAGAAGGCCACGGAUGUGAGAUUGGCCGCCAUUUCUGUUGGAACUGCGAGCCGUGGAGGUUUGGGGAAGCUAUCUAUUCGAGGGAAUGCUUCCACGCGUAGGUUGACAGACCUUGGGCUGAAGGUUGUGUCGCGUGGCUGCCCUUCUUUGAGAGCUCUUUCUCUGUGGAACUUAUCUUGUGUUGGUGAUGAAGGGCUGUCUGCAAUUGCGACUGGUUGUCGUUCUCUUGAGAAGCUAGACCUCUCCCAUUGCCCGGCUAUCACUGACAAGGCCAUGAUUGCAGUUGCAAUGAACUGCCCCAAUCUGAGAUCAGUUACACUAGAGUCUUGCUCGAGCAUUGGUGACGAGAGCUUGAAAGCUUUGGGCCGCCACUGCCCGAAUCUAGAGUGCGUGAUGCUUAAAAACUGCGCCCUAGUUGGCGACCAGGGUGUCGCUGGUCUGUUUUCUUCGGCUGGCCACGUCCUAACUAAGGCUAGUCUUCAGGGGCUCAAUGUCAGCGACGUGUCUCUUGCUGUGAUCGGGCACUAUGGGAGUGCGAUGACUGCUCUUGCACUCGGUGGCCUCGACAAUGUGAAUGAGAGGGGCUUCUGGGUCAUGGGCAAGGGUCAAGGCUUGCGAAAGCUGAGAUCUUUAUCGAUUGCUUCUUGCCAAGGAGUUACUGACGCGGGUCUUGAAGCUAUCGGUAAGGGCAGCCCGGAUUUGAAGGUGUUUAGCCUCCGGAGAUGUGCUCUUGUGUCCGACAAUGGAGUCGUGUCGUUAGCCAAGGCUGCUUCAUCGCUUGCGAGCCUGAAGCUCGACGAGACUCAUAGGAUCACUCAAUGUGGGGUUUUCGGCAUCCUUGCUAGCUGUGGAGGUUUAAAGGCUCUUGCUGUGUCCAAUUGCUUAGGGCUUAAAGACAUGAACUUUGGAUUCCCAUUGAAUUCUCUCUGCACUUCUCUACGAUCGUUGGCUAUCCAUAACUGCCCGGGGCUCGGUGAUUCCGGCUUGAGCAUGGUGGGCCGGUUGUGCCCUAAGCUAACCCACGUGGAUCUCCGCGGCCUUCAAGGAGUAACGGAUGCGGGCCUGCUGCCUCUCGUGCAGAGGCCGGAGGCUGGUCUGUCGAAGGUUAACCUGAGUGGAUGCGUUAACCUAACUGACAACGUGGUUGCCGAGAUCGCUAACCUCCACGGGGAAACUCUCGAGAUUCUGAAUCUUGAGAGAUGCAGCAGCAUCACUGAUGUGAGCUUGAUGUCAAUCGCAACGAACUGCUCUGUUCUUCGUGAGCUGGACGUCUCCGGCUGCAGGGUGACGGAUUCCGGUGUCGCCCUCUUGGCUAGGGCCGAGCAGCUGAGCCUGCGGGUGCUCUCCCUCGCGGGCUGCUCGUUGGUCUCGGACACGAGCUUUCCGUCGCUGAAAACUCUGGGCAGGACUCUGGUGGGGCUGAACAUCCAGCUCUGCCAUGGAAUAAGCUCUGCUGCUGUUAAUCUUCUUCUUGAGCAGCUAUGGAGGUGUGACAUACUUUCUUAAUGAUGCAGAAAAAUCAAGAACUUGAAUUGCUUGGGUUUUCAAGCAUUUCUAUCUCUAGCGUAAGGUAUUUAGAAGUUUUUGGGUCCAUCAUCAUACGUCGUCGUACGGGUUCAGGCCGGCGUCCGCUUCUUUUUUUUCCGGCAGACUACGGCGGCCACGCUUUUUUGCAGCUUCUCUUGGCUGUUUCGAAGGUCGUCUCUUCCGAGUAACGGAAGAGGCAUCCGUUUUUGUGGCCGUCCGUAGUUUCCGAGAAUUUCGGACGUCGGGUGCCGGAUCCCUCGGCUACUUUUUUUAGGUUUCCGGUGGGAAGCUUGUUCUCAGCCGUGGAUCCGGCUAGGGUUUUAUCGCGUCUUUGUGUCGAUGAUGUUGGGGUUGUUUCUCGGUUGCUUUUGUGGCGGCGUACACCUGUUUUCGCGGGCUUUUGGCCGUGGCAGCGAUGUGGUUUUCGGGUCUGCCACGACGAUCUCUUCUUCUUCUUCCUCCUCUUGAGGUGUUGAAGAAGGGGUUGUUUUUUAUUUUUUUCCAAAGCCCUAGUUUUGCAGGUUUCUCUUUGUUGUGAACUGUCACUUUGCAACCUUGUUAUGUUAUGAUGUAGUUUUUCUUUCAAAUCUCACUUUAUGUCUUCUAUGUAUUGGUAAUAAAAUCCCCCUUUGGAUUAUGCUUUUA